AUGACGGCUGUUGCGUCUCCAACCUCGCCUGCAGUGUCCCAGCUGUCGCGGGCGCCGUCCUACGACGUAGGCGCCCACCCUCCCGCCUAUGCCGGCGCGCAUCACUCGCACUCUCAGCCGGCGCCGCGUGAGACGUUUGUGCGCAAGAAUGAUAUCGUGACGGUCGUGCUGCAGGAUGUUGAGGUCAACGCGCGCACUGGUCGGCCGACGUACGGCCGCGGCGCGACAAUCCGCGGCGAAGUCGGGCUCGCGACGACAAACGAUGUGGAGUCCGUCGUGGUGCGCUUGGAGGGACGGAUGAAGAUCCGGCUCGGAGAUCUGACCAGUACCCAUCACACGUUUGUGGAUGUGCCGGUCUCGCUGGGCGUAGCGUCGAGUGUGCUUCCCUUCACUCUCACCAUCCCGGAAACUUUCACGGAUCGGGAUGACAGCCAAGACUAUCCCCUCGUCCCAAGCUUGGAUAUUCACGACAGACAUGGCGCCUAUCAGGACGAGCUUCGCGUGCGCGUAGCGUACCGCCUCGUCGUUGCCGCCAGCCGCAGUAAUCUCCAUAUCCAGAAGUCGGUUGAGGUCGACCUGAACUAUGAGCCUCGAUCGCCGCAGGUGUGGCAGAUGCCAGCCCCAGCGGCGCGUCCGAACUUUGCGGAGACGAAGGAGGUGCCAAUGGGCUGGCAAAGCAUCUCAACACAGGUCAAGGCCGCACCGCCGAGCACGAUCGCCGCUAUUGACUGCACGCUCUUCGUUCCAUCCGCGGAAACCUUCUCUAUACGCGACAAAACACCAUUCACCUUGCUGUUACAAGGACCGUCUGGCAGCAUGCGCGAGCUCUUCGUACCUACCGUGCCUCCCAAACUCCGCAAGAAGGAGAAGAGUGACAACUUCCCGCCACCCACGAUCCGUGUCUUCAUCAAGCGCCAAAUUGUCUGCAGCCUACAAUCGAUCACCCUUGCGCACAGCUUCGAGAUCGGGGAGGGAACGCUACGCAUGGGCACACCAGGUCAAGCAAACUCGGGAGAAGCGCGUGUGUUGUACGAGGGCGAGAUUCAAUGUCCCGACUACGUCAGAUACGCAGCAUUUGCUACGAACAAAAUUACCGUCACUGACUACCUUGUACUGUCCGUCGCUCCUCACAACCCUUACUUCUCUGAGUUUGCUACCUUGGCUCACACACUCCCCCUCAAAACCGUCACUGGCUGA